CGGCGCUGCCUGGCUGCUGCAGGAACAUACCAACCGCUGGAGAGGAGUGGGCGCGGAGGACCCGCUGACUGUCGCUCCCAGAGGUCGCUCCGGAACCUGGACCAGCCACCAAGCUCUGCAGGGCCCUUGGCGCCUCAUGGCGCGGAAACCGAGACACGUAGCAGACGAACACAGCUGGUGGGUAGCAGCCAGAAUUUAAACCCCCCAUAGACCGGCUCUGGAAUUCAUGGUCUCAAUCCAUUGUGGAGAGCAGCCUCGCAGAAAAGAGCAAAGGGUUCUGCUGAUUCGUGUAGACUCCAGGCUGGCUCUCCACAGCGUCCACCUCGCUGUCAUCCUGGUGUGCUUCAGUGAAGAGCAAAGGGUGCCAGUUAUUGCCCAAGAUACCGGACCUGCCCCAGGGACUGUCAGGGGAUGAGGUUCCUCAAGCAGUAGUGUGGGUGAGAGCAGAUGGGACACAGGCCUGGUUUCAGUACCCUGUUCUGUGUUCUCGGGAGCAGUGAAGCCUAUGGACUGCUCUGGUCCUCCACUCUGCCACUGAGCAUCACGUUGCUGCUCUGGGUUUCUGUUUCUUCAAUCAAAAUAAGAGCGAAGGGACCUGCUGGCCCUUGAGCGGGGGUGUCGGAGACAGGCGUCCAGGCCAGGCUGAGUGGACGGGGUGUCCUUUGCGGUGAGCAGCCCCCUGACCGCCAGUGGCACCUGCAUCACCGUGACGGAGCUGCCGGGGCCCCGGCCACCUGGACCCACUUCGUCUCAUGGAGCCUCGGGGUGAGAAGUCGGGGGAGGCUGACGGGGUGCGCGUCACCCCUCAGCUGCUCAAGGCGCGCUCAGGCGAGUUCGCCCUGGAGUCCAUCCUGCUGCUGAAGCUGCAGGGCCUGGGGCUGGUGGACCUGGGCUGCCUGGGGGAGUGCUUGGGCCUCGAGUGGCUGGACCUUUCGGGCAACGCGCUCACCCAGCUGGGCCCGCUGGCCUCCCUGCGCCAGCUGACCGUGCUCAACGUGGCCAACAACCGGCUGACGGGGCUGGAGCCCCUGGCCUCCUGCGAGAACCUGCAGAGUCUCAACGCCGCGGGCAACCUGCUGGCCGGCCCUGGGCAGCUGCAGUGUCUGGUGGCGCUGCGGGGCCUUGAGCGCCUGCGGCUCUGCGACCCCUUGGCCCGGCUCAGCAACCCGCUGUGCGCCAGCCCCUCCUACUGGGCCUCAGUCCGAGAGCUGCUGCCCGGCCUGAAGGUCAUCGAUGGCGAGCGCGUGAGCGGGUGUGGCAGUGACUUCUACCAGCUGUGCCGGGACCUGGACAGCUCCUUGCGCCCCAGCUCCGGCUCCGGCCCGCGAGCCGUGGAGGCCCAGCCCUGGGUGGAGCCCGGCUACUGGGAGUCCUGGCCCACGCGCAGCAGCUCCAUCCUGGAGGAGGCCUGCCGCCAGUUCCAGGACACGCUGCAGGAGUGUCACGACCUGGACCGCCAGGCCAGGGACAGCCUGGCCCAGGCCGAGCAGGCGCUCAGCCCCGCCCGCGCCACCUCCUUUGUCUUUUGAAUGCGCCCUGUGGCUGUGGCCCUUGGGGUUGGCACGCUGUGGCCUCCCUGCUUGUAUUCAUGGCUUCAUCAUGCUGGCCACUGGCCCUGCACAUGGGCCCUGCACACGGGCCCUGCACACGGGCCCCCCUGCCUAAGAGCAGCCCCCCUCCCUCUCACACCUCCCCUCCCUCUCACACCUCCCUCAAGGAAAAUUCCCCACCCAUCCAUCAGGGACACACCUCCCUUGGACCCUCCUCAGGCAGCUGGCACCGUGUGAGGCUGUCCUGUACCUACGCUGCGCUCCUGGGAGGAGGCACGGCCUCCUCGUGUCCAUAGCUGCUGCCACUCCUGGCUGCCUGAGCCUGAGGCUUAGUGGAAUAAAGUUGCUUGGUCCUAAGGCUAAAGGUGAGAGGCAGGGAUGGCGAGCCUCCUGCCCAGCCCGUCCUGGGAGAGGACGCGGCAGAGCUCGGAGCGUGGAAGCCGCAUCUUCCAGGUUGGCCUGUCCAAGUGACCCUCUGCUGUGCCCCCCAGUCCCGGGUCUCCCUGAAGCCUCCACUGCCAUGCCCACCCGUGCACUCCUCAUUGAAUACUCGUGUUUUAAUUUGCAUCGCUGCCUGUCAUUGUGCGUGGGCCCCUGAAAACAAGCCUGGGUCCCGCUGCCUCUGGCCUCUCCUGGGGAAGGAGGAGCAUGCAGCUUUCUGGGUGUCGUCCUGAUGGGAGGCAUCCUGCUCCCCCUCCGGGCUCUGCUUUCUCCCUGUGAGUCUGGAGCACUGGGGCCUUUUCCUCCUGCUGCUCUCAGGAGGGAGGGAGGGAAUGCGAGGGGAGGAGAGAACGCAGCUCUAGAGCACUUUUAUUAGGGACAAUGGGACAGUCCAACUUGGGCGGAGAGAAGGGAGGGCGGGCUUUCACUUGUUACUUCCCUCACGCUGCUUCCAGGAAGCCAGGUGAAAUUCUAGAGGGAAGGGAAGAGAAACUAAGACUGGGUAUGACGGAGGCUGUUUGGGCCCCGUCCCAGCUGUCUUCAGGCUCCCAGCCUCUCUCCUCCUGGCAGGCCAGCCGCAGCUCCAGCCUCCUCUCCAUCCCUGCCCCACCUGGCUGUCCUCCGCCUCGUCCUCCCUCCUGGCUGGCCACCUACCAGUCAGGCCUCAGUUGGGGGGCGAGGCUUUCAAGAAGGCGAACUGCCCCGGAAAGUAGUGGCCGUGAGGGUCCUCGCCGGCGCGCUCCACUCUGCUGCACUGGGCCUCCUGGCGCUCCUGUAGCUCCUGCUGCAGCCGAGCUGCUCAGGCCGUGCCCCCUCCACCGCCCCCAUUCCCCAGGCCCAGAGGAGGCUCAGGCCCAGAGCCCUCCUCGCCCCUCCAUGCAGGCUUCCGCCUCCAACCUCUCCCACAGGCCCAGUUUCUGUCCACCAGCUCCCUCCCCAACCUCUGGUCCCUCCUCCGCCCACUCUUACCCGUUGAACCUGUGUCUCUAUGGGGCAGUGGACCAUCCGGCCCAGGACUUUAUCUUCAGAGUCCAGCUUGAUGCAGGCCAGGCAUUUCCGCUUUCUCUGGCGAGGGGGGCAUAGAGCUCAGAGAGGAAAGGGGUGAGUGAGGGGAGGCCUGCGGCCCCGAGGGUGAGAGUGGGAACUGGUGGGCAGCGUACAACGGGGGUUCCCCUGGCAGGCCAGGUGGUUCCAGGCUCAGCCCACCCUCAGACCGGGAAAUUCCGGAAGUCAAACCAUCCUGCAGUUUUCAAACUAUGAACCCUGAGUGUGUGGCUGUGUGCGUGCGCGCGUGUGUGUAGGUGGGACUCCUCGUCCAGGUGGCUUCUCCCCACCUGACUUCCACCUGAGCCGCUCUGCUGUCAUCUGUUAUAUUUAUUUGUAUUUUCUUGUAAGAUUUGAAUUGAACACAAUGGUCCUGGUAUAAAAGUCUAGAAAACCACUAGUAUAAUCCAGUCCCUCCCUUAACAGAUGGAGGAAACUGAGGCCUUCAAAGAACCUGGGAAGUAACAGGGCUGGUGGUUGGCAGAGCUGAGACUGGACACCAGAUGGUUGCGCUCCCGGCCCCAGGAUCGCCCCCAUGGCAGUGACUUUGACCCCAAGGUGGCUGAUGACAGUCAAGCCCUGUUAUGAAUCAGCCUGGGCUGGGCCAUCUCCACUUGAAAACACAGGAAAUGGGGAAUUCACCAGGCCUAGGGUAGAGACCACCCGAAGCCCAUACCAUGGUCUUCUUCCACCG